AUGAAUCAGGAUCGCGUAGAAGGUGAAAAGGUUCAGCAAGAAAAUAUGGGCGAGAACGCCGUGCAAGAUGUUGAGGCACAGAAAGGAAAUACACAAGAGAAAAAGGUGAAAGUGGAUGACGUCCCCGUUGAAGAGACGGACGAAAAUCCUAGGAACUGGCCAAGUCGACGAAAGUGGAUAAACUUGAUUUUGGCUUCACUGCUUGGCUUCGUUUCGCCUAUGGCCUCGACCAUUAUUGCCCCUGGUUUGGGCGACAUCGGUCAAGAGUUCAAGAUUACCAGCUCCAUUCUACUCUCCUUCUCCAUGUCUAUUUACAUGCUAGGGUAUGCCAUUGGACAAUUGAUCUUCAAUCCAUUGACUGAGGUUGUGGGCCGUCUUUUUGUACAGCAUUUAAGCACUAUUCUUUUUGUUGUUUUUAAUGUGGCGUGCGCUGUCUCUCCGAACGGCGCUUGCUUUAUUGUUAUGCGUUUACUUACUGGCCUGUUUGGUUCAGGCCUCUUGAGUCUCGGCGCUGCCAACAUUGCGGACAUGUUCGAACCUAAAGAUCGUGGCCGUGCCAUGUCAGUUUUUGCUAUGGGCGUCAACCUGGGCCCCGUGAUUGGACCUAUUAUCGCCGGUUUCAUGGUGGACAGCAUUGGUUUCCGAUGGGUACUUUGGCUCAUGGUAAUCCUUGGUGGAUUCCUGCUAGCUGUUUGUGUGGUUUUUCUGCGUGAGACGUACUUACCCAUCAUCAAGUUGCGUCAUAAAAGCCGAAAGUCGUUCAAAAACCCUAUUCUUCGUGCUGCUGCCCUGCGAUUCUAUCCUCAUGCGAUUCGUAUCCCCCCGUCUCAAUUGGUUUUCCAAUAUCUCUUCCGUCCAUUGCACAUGCUAUUUACAAGUCCCAUCUGCGCCAUCCUCUCUCUGGAGCUUGGCCUUGUGUACGGCUACCUGUAUCUUCUCAUGACCUCGGUGGCCCGUACCUACAAUACGGCCUACAAUCAGUCAAACUCGAUUGCAGGUCUUCACUACAUUGCCUUCGCUAUCGGUACGGUGGCCGGUCUCUUGACGACAGGCGCGCUAGCUGACCGGAUUUACAAGAAGCUCACCAAAAAGUAUGGCAAGCGAGAGAUCGGCCCUGAUGGCAAAGAGUCGCAACCUAAAGGUGUGCCGGAAUACCGUUUGCCUCUGUUAGUUCCCAGCACCCUUUGUGCACCGAUUGGCUUGUUCCUGUUUGGUUGGCCGGCACAGUACCAUGUGCAUUGGAUCGUGCCUGACAUUGGUUUGGUCUUCUUUGGCUUUGCUUUCAUGGCCACUUUCAUUGUGAUUCAAGUGUAUACUCUGGAUGCGUUCAAGUUCUCUGCCUCGGCGAUUGGUGCGACCAAUCUGGUGCGUUGCCUCUUCGGUGCAUUCCUUCCACUUGCGGCUUCAUCGCUGUUCGACAAUUUGGGUCUCGGGUGGGGAAGCUCUACGUUAGCCUUCAUUUCUAUUGCACUAGGUAUUCCUGCACCAUUUAUCCUGUGGGUGUAUGGUCCCAAACUACGUGCUAUGGACAGCCCUACGGUUACAAACAACUAG